ACGGCUACAUCCUGUUGGUCACAGCUUCUGUUUUCCAAAUGAUCUGCAGCUGUUCAUAGUUUAAAACGGUCUAUAUUUUGUCCGCAAAGCUUGGUAGAAUAAACCUCCCUUUGCAGUUCAUGUCGACCUGACGGUUCAAGAGACUUUACUCUGAAAGAUCUGCCUGCACGUCCUGGUGGUUGUUCUGGCGUGCUCCAGGGUUAGCAAGUAACCGUUGGCCUGCUGCGAACAGCGAUGACGGCAGACAGAGUUUCUCUUCCUGCGUAUUGACCUAUGGUAUUGAAUCAAACCAGAGGGUGUCUUUUCAUCAUGGCGAGUGAAAACAGCGAAACCAACGCAGUGAACGGAGAUGAGACUGUUCCCUCAUCCGAGACAAACGAGCAUGACUAUGCCCACGACUCCGCGGACGGUAACCUAACUUCUACGGAAGCGUCCUCCUCAGGUGCACCAGCUGCUAACGAGGCUGUCAGUGCAGAGAGCUUCACGACAGCGGCCGAACCUGAGCCCAGCUCCUUGGGGCAGCAUACCCAGCCGGUGGAGCUUCCCGAACCGGCUGUUGGUGCGGAGGUGGACUGCCCCGGUGGAAACGAUGUGGAGGCGUUUCCUCCAGCGAACACCGAAGAGAUAUCCCAUAAGACAGACCCAUGUCUACUGGCUGCUACGACCUCGCCCGCUCUGCGAGUCGGUCGCCGUAGACCCAGGCGGCCCGAGGACAACAACUGCUCCGCCUGCCACUCUGAGUUCGAACGGCAGGGCCGCAGCUUCAACCGGAGGGCGGUGUACACCUUCUCCACCCCGGAGACGGUGCAGUGGGCAUUCCCGGGCACCUCUGUGCACGAAAAGUCCUUCCUGUGUGAGACCUGCGCCCAGGUCAUCAGGAGCAGCUGUAAACGCAGACAGAGUGGGAAGCGGACUCUGUGGGUGAAGCCGCCUCAGACAAAACAGUCAGAGGUGAGGGACAAGAAGAAGAAAGGCCGCAGGAUGGGGAAGAAGAGCAAAGCGGCGCUGCUGGUGAGCAAGUCCUGCUACAAGGCUGCCUUCAAAAUGCUCUGGUCAGCCAAAGGUGCCCGAAAGCCAAUGAUGGAUUUCUGGAGCAAACAGCUGAAAGAGGAGAUGAAGGCGCUGACACGGCAGACGGAUAAUCCUUUCCAUCAAAAAGUGACGAGCAGGAAGCCGCUGUCAUGCUUCCCCUGGCGGCGUUGUCUGACCUGGGCCCAGGAAAAGGCUCCCCUCGUCACCGCCUGCCUGACCUCACUGUUCCCCGACAUCAACAGCCUCUCCAAGAGCAGCAAGUAAGUCUGAGAGGACACACAC